AUAUAUAAUACAUAAUAUUAAUGUUCAACGAUCCCACAUUAUGAGUAAGUCAUAUCGAAUAGAUUGGUUUGAUGGGAGCGUAAUCGAGGACAGACCUACCGCAUCUACAACAGUAGAACCACAAAGAGCUCAAUCCCCUAAAGAUACCAAGGAAGGAAACGUUAAAAAAGCAAUAGGAUUUAUAAAACUAUACGAAAUAUCACAGCUGGAAUCGCCAAUUUUGAAUUUGGAACUCGAGGCAAGGCCUGGUUUUUGGUUACUUUUCUCAUCAGGUUUAUCCGACGAUUUUAUAGUCUUAAUAGUGAAAACAUUAAAGACUCUAUACAAGUCUCUGGAGAAAAAUGAUAGCUUCAAACUCUUCCAGCUUUUAGAAACUAAGUUUAUGGAAUCAGACUUUUUUAACAAAUUACAUGACUAUGUAAAGAAAUUACCAGACGUAAGACUUUCACAAAAAAGCAGAAAUUCACAACUGUGGAACGACGUUAAUGGAUUUUUCUCCGACCUGCUGGACUUUUGCAAAGGAAUAUUUAAUUUUUAUAAAAAUAGAAGGGAAUAUUUGAAAAAAUUAGAAAAGGUAGUGGAAGUAACAUAUGUGUCGGCUUUUGGAGUCGCAGAAAACCAUUCUGAGAGCAUCUCUUCAAAUUUUUACCAAAAUAUUGCAAUUUUACAAGAGGAUCUAAGGAAAACACUGACUGAUACUAGUAAUAAUCCUUCUCAGAUGAACCCAUCAACAAGAACAACUACAAAAUCAGCAAAGACAACUACAGAAAAGGAUAUUUCAUUAAAAGACUUUUCUGAUAUUCUAGAUGAUGGCAAUAAACACUAUCAAGACCUAAGCAUUGUGCCCAACUUAAGCUAUUUUAGCUUGCAAUAUGUAAACAGCAUCAAACCUAACAUAACAGGUGGUGCUUACGAAAGUGUGGAGCACUAUUUAGACAUACAGUUUAAAUUGUUGAGAGAAGACUGUUAUCGAACAUUAAAAGAAGGAAUAAAUCAGUAUAGAGAAUAUAAAACAUUGAAAAACUGCAAAGAUGCUAAUAUCAGGGUCUACAAUAACGUUUCCGUUACUGAUAUACAGUUGGCAAUGAAUCAUCUAGGAUAUGUUGUGGACUUGGGUCGGUGUCCAGAUUUGGAGGCCUACAAUACUAAAAAGUCCUUCAUGCAUGGAUCCCUCUUGAUAUUAACGUGGGAUAAUUUUGAGACGAUGCUGUGUGGAACUGUCAUCACCAAUAUAGGAGAUAAUAAAUUGGUUGUAGAAUUCGACGGGAAACUGCGAGUGGACUUCAAGGAGUACACAAUGGUUGAGAGUGACGUGUACUUUGAGCCCUACCACAAAGUGCUGAAAGUGCUCAAACAAGCCAGACCACCGAUCCCCAUGCAAAAGUACAUUGUGUACGUCGAUAAAAAAAUAUUACCACCCGCAUAUUUGAAUCUCAACACUGUCUACACCAUCACUAAUCAUAUCGGCAAGGAGCACAGAUUUUCAGUGUUGACCCCGAACUGGCCCACGGCAGCUCAGUGUGGCCUUGACGACUCCCAAAUGGAGGCAUUCAGGUUCGCGCUGACCAGGGAAUUCGUGGUCAUCCAGGGUCCACCGGGCACGGGCAAGACCUACCUGGGCACCAGAAUCGCAGGGACGCUCCUCAGCAACGUAUCCUUUGCUGGAUCACCCAUGCUGGUCAUAUGCUGCACCAACCAUGCCCUCGAUCAGUUCUUAGAAGGUCUCCUCACCUAUACGAACCGUCUCGUCCGAAUCGGCGGCCAGAGCAAAAGCAAAAUCCUCCAAAACUACAAUUUGAGAAACCUGCAAGCGCCCAAAACCUUCGGCAAAAUUUACUACCACAAGCGGAAGGAGUUGGACCGAAUAUUGAGCGAAUUUAAGACGCUGGCCGAAAAAGAUCAGGCGUACCGAGAAUAUGUGGUUUCGUACGAUACGAUGAAGAGAUACAUCAAGGAUCCCUAUGUUUUCGGCGAUGGGGAGGGUUUCGCCGAUUUGUUCGAUAACUCCGAUAAGGACAUAGUCACAAACGCCGAGUUCCUGCACUGGCUCUUGGGACACAAAUGUGAGAUGGAGACCAAGGAUAUCCACGACUUAGUGACGUGUUUCUCCCUACGUCAAGCCAAGGAUGAAAUAAAAAAACGCAAAAAGGAAAUCGAACUGAUGAAAUCGAACGCCUGUGAUUUCGCCAGCUCACCGAUCGAGACCGAGAGAUUGGCGGAGGAAAGAAUCAAGGCUCUAGAAGAUUUGUUGGCCGCUUUCGAGAAAAUGAUGGCCUGGCCCUUCCGCGAAAAAUGUAUUCAAGACGAGGAGCCACUUAACAUACCUAUGACUGACCAAGAAAAGAGAUGGUAUGCAUAUUUUAGAAUGAUUCAUUCGGUGCAGCAAUAUCAUAAUCAUAUGAAAAUUUCGUUAUACAGACAAUAUCUAGAGACGAGUCGGGAGUUGGAGAGGUUGCGUGAUAGCACGGACUGCGAGAAGCUCAAGGGGGUAAAAGUGGUGGGGAUGACCACCACCAUGGCGGCCGCGAGGCACGGCCUGCUAGAGAAACUCAAGUCAUUUGUCGUCGUGGUGGAGGAGGCUGCCGAAGUUUUAGAGUCGCAUAUAGUAGCAGCCCUCACUGACGAGUGUAAACAUCUCAUAUUGAUCGGCGACCACCAGCAGUUGAGGCCGAAUUCUGCUCAUUAUAUCAUAGGGAAGAAGUACAACUUGGAAGUGUCACUAUUCGAGCGUAUGGUCAAAAAUGGCGUCCACACCAAAACUCUUACCAUCCAGAGACGUAUGCGGCCAGAAAUAAGGGACCUGCUAGUGCCAACAAUAUACGAAAAGUUGGACUGUCACCCCGCAGUCCUGAGCUAUCCAAACGUAAGAGGCAUGUCCAAGAACCUAUACUUCUUCGACCACAAUCAUUUUGAGGAAAUUGAGGCCAACGGCAGCAGCUAUAUGAACAAAUCCGAAGCGUAUUGGUGUGUGUCGCUCGCGCACUUGUUCGUCACACUCGGGUACGACCCAUCUGAGAUCACCAUCAUAGCGACCUACUCCGCACAAGUGGCACUCAUCGUUCAGCGAAAGAAAGAUUAUAGUCUUACAAGAGACGUACACGUGACCACCGUCGAUAAUUAUCAGGGCGAGGAGAACAGAAUCGUUAUUUUGUCUCUCGUGAGAAGCAACGCAGAGAAAAAUGUAGGUUUCCUGAGCACGCCUAACAGAGUAUGUGUCGCUCUGUCGAGAGCUAGAGAAGGUCUAUACAUAUUCGGGAACAUGUCGUGUCUGGAGACCAGCCCUAUGUGGAUGGCUAUGAAGACUAAGCUGCAAGCUCAAAACGCUAUCGGCAGGAAACACAGACUUCUCAUCAACGACAAAGAAUACGAAGCAAGUCAUUCUUUAUCCCAAAAAAACGAUUCUAUUUUAAGUAAAAAUAGCAAAGCAAGUCGUUCUUUGCCCAAAAGAAACAAUUCUAUUUUAAGUAAAAAUAGCCAAGCAAGACAUACUUAUCCCAAACAAAACGAUUAUAUUAUUAUUAUUAAAAAUAACGAAGAAAGUAAUUGUUUACCCCAACGAAACAAUUCUAUUAUGACUAAUAAUAACGAAGCAAGUCGUUCUUUAUCUCAACAAAACGAUUCUAUUAUUAUUAUUAAAAAUAACGAAGAAAGUAAUUGUUUACCCCAACGAAACAAUUCUAUUAUGACUAAUAAUAACGAAGCAAGUCGUUCUUUAUCUCAACAAAACGAUUCUAUUAUUAUUGAAAAUAAUGAAGCAAGUCGUUCUUUAUCCCAACGAAGCAAUUCUAUUAUUAUUAAAAAUAACGAAGCAAGUCGUUCUUUAUCCCAACGAAACAAUUCUAUUGUGUCUAAUAAUAACGAAUUCAGUCGUUCUUUACUCCAACGAAACUAUUCUGUUAUGGCUAAUAAUAACGAAGCAAAUCGUUCUUUAUCCCAACGCAAUUAUUCUAUUAUGACUAAUAAUAACGAAGCCAGUCGUUCUUUAUCCCAACGAAACAAUUAUAUUGUGUCUAAUAAUAACGAAUUCAGUCGUUCUUUACUCCAACGAAACUAUUCUGUUAUGGCUAAUAAUAACGAAGCAAAUCGUUCUUUAUCCCAACGCAAUUAUUCUAUUAUGACUAAUAAUAACGAAGCCAGUCGUUCUUUAUCCCAACGAAACAAUUCUAUUGUGUCUAAUAAUAACGAAUUCAGUCAUUCUUUACUCCAACGAAACUAUUCUGUUAUGACUAAUAAUAACGAAUCAAAUCGUUCUUUAUCCCAACGCAACUAUUCUAUUGUGACUAAUAAUAACGAAGCCAGUCGUUCUUCAUACCAACGAAACUAUUCUACUGUAACUAAUAAUAACGAAGCAAGUCGUUCUUUAUCCCAACGAAGCUAUUCUGUUAUUGAUAAUAAUAAUGACCGAAACAUUUUUGUUAAUAAUAAUAACAAUAAUAAAACAUAUUUUAAGUCAAUAGUUGAUGGUAUUCGAAAUGUAUUUACAGAUGUGAUAGAUUUUUUCUGGAAUUAAUUAUUAUUACUUAGUCAAAUUUUUUUGCACCAGUGUUUAUAAUGAUAUUAAAUAGCUUAACUAAAGUUGUAGGAAAUCAAAUCUGCGACAGGUUUGAUCCUUUUAAUUUUCUUUAAAAAAAUUAAAAAUAGAGGACAUAUUAUGGCUAAAGAAAGAUUUGAAUAAAUAAAUAAAUAAAGGUUUAUUUGACCCAAUAGGACAUUACCUUGUUUUAAAGGUUGAUUUGAUCUUCAAAGCAAUAUGGCGGCUAACGCACCCCUCGGAUUUAGUCGAGUUUUUUGAAUUUAAAUGCUAUUUAUGAUCCCCCCUAAACAUUGGUGCAAAUAUACAUGGCUAAACUAACGCUACUGGACUAUACUGCGUGAAUGGUAAGACAUGUUCAAUACUCGAGGACGUGAUAUUUGGCUAUUA